GAGAGUGACGUAUGAACAGCCGAAACGAAAACGAAAGAAAAGCCUCUUGUGCCGUUGUUAUCUUCUAUCAUUUCUGAAGAAUGGAGACAAACGGCCAGGCUAAUGGGGUUAAAUCUAAAAAGAAAGAGAAUGGCGAUGGGAAAGAUAAUUUGUGGUCAGCUAUAUUAGAAGAAGUUCAGAACCAAGGUAACACGAAGCUGCCCUCCAACAAGAAUGUACUAGUUCUGGGCGACAAUGAGACUGGUAAAACCACACUCAUAGCUAAAUUACAGGGAGUUGAGGAUCCCAAGAAGGGAUCGGCGCUCGAAUAUGCUUAUAUAGAUGUUAGAGAUGAAUAUCGUGACGACCACACACGACUCAGUGUAUGGGUACUCGAUGGAGAUCCAGGACAUACGAAUCUCCUCAAAUUCGCUUUGAACGAGGAGACAUUCCCACACACACUGGUCCUGUUAACGGUUGCCAUGACAACACCAUGGGGUGUCCUGGAUCAACUACAAAGUUGGGCAUCUGUACUUGGUGAUCAUAUAGAUAAAUUGGAUCUCACACCUGAACAAAGUUUACAAAGUAAAAAACAGCAAGUUCAAAAGUGGCAGAGGUAUACGGAACCGGGCGACGAACUCGAGCCGACCGCUUCGUCGCCCAUGAAACGUUCGUCGCGUAAUCUCUCCGACGAAUUGGAGAGUGACGAUGAAGACAACCCGCUGCCGGAGGCCGUGCUCACCACCAACCUCGGACUGGACAUCGUCGUUGUUGCUACAAAGACUGAUUACAUGACGACGCUGGAGAAGGAACACGAUUACCGCGACGAGCAUUUCGACUUCAUGCAGCAGUGGAUCCGAAGGUUCUGCCUGCGGUACGGCGCCGCGUUGUUCUACACGAGCGCCAAGGAGGACAAGAACUGCGACCUGCUCUACAAGUACCUCACGCACCGGAUAUACGGCCUGCCCUUCCGGACGCCCGCGCUCAUUGUCGAGAAGGAUGCCGUCUUGAUACCUGCUGGAUGGGAUAGUAUGAAAAAAAUUAGUAUAUUGUAUGAAAAUAUGCAAACUUGUAAGCCGGACGAUUAUUACAGAGAUGUUAUUGUGCAGCCGGCCACGAGGAAGAGCGGCGGGCACCGCGAGGCGGAGGUGUCGGCGGAGGACGAGCAGGCGUUCCUGCAGCGCCAGCUGGCCGCGCUGCAGGCCGGCACGCCCGCGCCGCGCGCAGACUCGCCGCUGCGGACCGCGCAGCGCUCCACGGCGCAGCUGGACGGCGCGAAGAUCGGCAUGGGCCCCGGCACGCCCGGCAACGAGGGCGUGCUGGCGAACUUCUUCAACUCGCUGCUGUACAAGAAGACGGGCACGCCCGGCGCGCGCGCGCCCGACGCGUCGCCCGCCGCCGCCGCCGCGCGCUCCGACGCCGCCGCCGAGCUCGACCGCCUCACCCGCGCCAAGCGCGCGCCGCCGCCGCUCGACCUCAACUCGUCCGAGUGCUAGCGCCGCACGCCACGGGUACACUAGUUUAGCGGGCGUCCCCCCGACGCCUGCGCACCGCGGCUCCGACCCCCUAUAUCAUAACACACGCUGGCUUGUACGCGCCGCCCCGACGGCGACGGAACCCGUAUUAUUUAUUCCGAGUGAUACUUCGCUUUCGGUUCGCGGAACCUUCGAGAUUCUCCCCUUCGUGACGUCACUCACGGCAGCGGGAUCGUGAUCGGUCGGUUCGAUUCGGGACCGACGGUUUUAUAGAUAUUCCAGCAUUGUCAAAUGUUUACGGUAAGGCUAACGGCAGUGUGAUGUACUUUAUAAAGGUAUAAUGUAUUGUAUGUUAAGGUAACGUUUUCGAGGCAUUUUUAUACGUGCAAAGGAAAAAAAAACUCAGAGCAAAGAGUGUGGUAGAAAUGUCGUAAUUUAAUUUUAUUACUUUUUAGACUCCAAAAUAAAAAAAAAAUACUAAAUAAAGCUUUGUCACGAUAUGCAAAAUUAAUAAUAGUAAUUUUCAAUUUACUCUUUAUUCUGUGGUCGUUUCAAUGACAAUACUGGCAGCCCUUGAAAGUUAAAAAUGCCUCAACAACGAAUAGAAACGUUUUAUAAUACAUUUCCAUAUGCUACAGUGAAUGAAACGAAAGUUGUAAUAAUUUCUUAUUCAGUAAUUUUUUUUACUUGUAAUAUGUUCUUAUGAUAUUAAGUAUUUAUUUAGCUUAUGUUUGAACUUUUGAUAUGGAUAAAGGAAAUCGUCGGCGUAAAUUGUCUGAAGAUAUCUCCGACAGACGCCGCAGCGGUUUUUCUUUUGUCUUAAGUUGGUAAAUAUGUCAGCAAUCGUCUUGAGAUUACCGAGCGUUUUAUAUAGAAUCAAAUAGCAUGUAAUUAUUUGAAAAAUGAAAUAUUUAUAUCAAUGAUAUUUAGAUUCUAUAUAAAGUGCUCAUAUCGAAUUGUGAUCUUCUAUGAAGACUGGAAGUCAUAGGAGAGUAUGCUAUGCACAAUAAAGUCGUUAUAUUUUGUACAAAUCAUCUUUAAGUAGUCGCAAUAAUGACGGGUAACUUCAUUAUUCUGCAAAGGAAUAUCGAUCAUAUUUAUAAAACGUUUGGGUUCAAAUUGCCGUGCCGGAUUUUGAAGUUCAAUUAUUAUUGCAUACUACAUGCUUUUACCUGCUAAAUAAAUAUGACAAACGUUUGAAAUUAUGCAAAUUUUGUACCUUACAUAAUAUUUUUAGUGUCAAACCAAAAAAAAUUACAGCUUUACUACCGACAAACACGGCAAAUUUGGAAAAACAACGCUUAAUGAAAACUUAUAUACAUAAAUACUUUAGCAGGUAAAUGGCAAGAUCAGUGUGUAGUUAUUAUUUUUCUCAUAAUUUCAUUUUCGAAAUGUUAACACUCAUUUAACACAGCGCUAGGCGUUCACUCCCGUGCAACAUAAAUUCAUAAGCAACAUUAAAAAAAACUAUACAUAGGUACUUAUUCCGAACAGAGUGUACAAGGCUAUAUUUAAUAUGACUGAAAAAAAAAAUUAGCUUAUGAUUUCUUUCCGUUGCAUUUGAGUGAAACGAGCUCUAUCAUUGAAUUGUAAUAGUGACCUUUCUCUGUAAUAUUGUAAUAAAAUUAAUUUGUUAAAAAUAAACAACUCGGUAUAAUCGACUCGUGAGGUUUUUGUAAUAUUAUUUGUAUGAAGCCUGUAAUAUUUUUUUUUAAAUGGAGUAUGUUCACAUUUGGUGCAAUACAGAACAUUCCAAACGUGGUUUGGUGCUUAUUAUUAUAGUAAAAUUAUCGAAUAACAUUUGAAGUUUCAUUUAUUUAUCUUGCCCAAUGCUCUCUUUUGUAAACUGGUCAUUUUUUUUUUAAGCAUCGAAGGUCACUAUUAACAUUCGAAUUUAUACUUAAGUACUAUACAUUAUCUAAAAUUAACACUUAAAAUCCUUUAAAUAAAAAUAAACGUUACAAUAGUACUUAAAUUCGACAUAUUUCAAAUUAAAUAGAAUAUGUAUGUAAGUAUAAGGCGUGGCUUUUUAGUUUCCAAUAAUUUCUUUUUAAGUAUUAACUUACACAUUAACAAUUAAUUGUGUAAUUUAAUUUAGAAUAAUAUUCGUUGGAUAACAGAAGCUUAAUUUAAAGCACAAUAUGUUUUCAUAUGAUGUUAGAUAAUUUCGAGGGCAGCUUUUAAAUAAAAUAAAUUAUUUUAUAUUUCUUUGUGACAAGAGAGCAAAAAAUAUCAUUAUAUAAAUUAAAAAUAAUAUAUAUGUAAUCAUUCGAUUGUAUAAAGCUAAGGAUUGGUCAGGGCGAGUUUAAAAUUCCCUAUAAGAAAGGUAUAUUUUUUUAUAACGAGGACUUAAUGUUAGGUGGCUAAAGUGCAUAUCGUCCAUUUCAUUAGAAAUUUAACAAAAUUUAAACAAAUACCGACGUCAAAACAAGUCAUAAUAUUUUUUUUAAAUAAUAAUUUUCAAUAAGUUUUUUCCGCAGAUUAAUAAUAUAAAAUAUUCGGGGCAUUUUUAUUCAGUAUUAUUACUCUUGUUUAUACUUUUGACAAAUUAUAAUGAAAUGGAUUUAUACUAUAUUAUAACUUUCAAAUAAAAUGUGUUAAUGUGUCUAGACUAAAUAUGGCUUAUAGUGCUUUUACUAGCAACUUAGAUUAUGAUAUUUAUUCAUUGUAAGUUUAUCCUUCAAUACAACGGUUGUCGAGACUCGAAAAUUAUUUAUUAUAAUACAAUAAUUUAUCUCUGUCUCAUAGUUAACAUGGAAAAAGUUACGCUAAUGUGUGCUUUAUUCCUUUAAUAAUAAGUAAUAUAUUCUGUAUUAGUUACAAACUAUGUUAUAUUGAACAUCAUCAUCAAUCGUAUCAUUAUAAUAAGACUCCUUAUAUACUGUUUAUGGCAAGCCUAUAUGAAAACGAUAAGUACAAUUUUAAAGAAUGCGUCCAUUUUGUUAAAGAGUAUUUAAUAUAACCUAAUAGACUUAAAUAUCAACAUAAAACAAUUCAUUAUUCUCUAUCUCUAUCAAACUUUCAUUUCAAUUAAAAAAUUAAGACUCAUAUCAGAGAAGUUAAUUUUACAGCAAAUAAUUUAGAUUUUUUUUCAAAAUGCUUUUGUUUCAAUCGACAUGAUAUUCUAUUAUUAUUUAAAAAAUGACUUAAUUGUCUAUGUUUGCCAUAUUCAGUGUUUUAAAAUCGAUAAUCUACGUCACUAAAUAUUCAAAUAGUGUGAACUUCAUAUUGUUUUUGCUCAUUUAGAUUAUUCUUUCUUUUAUGAACUAGUCAAAAAAACAGUUCAAUUAUAUGUAGAUGUUUUUUUUUUAUAACAUCUAUAUUCUGUGAUAUGAUUUUAUCUAGAACAAUAUAUCUUAGCACUAUUUAAUUAGCCACGUAACAUCCUCAUGAAGCGAAAUCAAUAAAUGCUAAAACGAAUAAUAAAUUAAAUCUUGAAAUCUUUAUAAUUAGAACGUGUUAGAAUUUCAAAUUUUGAUACUUAGACUAUUAGUGCAUUAAAAAUUCGUAUUUUACACAUAGCAAUAUUUGCAAAUAAAAUAAACAUUAUAUGUUUAUAAAAGCAUAUAGCUGCAAACACUCGUAUCAAAUAAAAAUUGCAUAAUUAUUUAAUUUUAUUAUUAUUAUUAUUAUUUAUUAAUAAAUCAAAGGCAUAGUGAUUUACUAUUAGAUUCUCAUUCGAUAGUAAUUACGUUGCGUUUCCACUGAAAGAGUUGGUGAUUUCUAUGUUUGCUACAGAAAGUCACGUGUAAUUGUUAAUUUACCACAUUACGACAAUUAUUUAAGUAAGUUGUCAAAACAACAAGGUAAUUAUAAACUUUUGUAACCAAUGCUUGUUGACAACGAAAUGGCUAAUUCUUUUAUGGAGACGCAGCUUUCAAUAGUUUAGAUCGUUAUAUUUAUAGCCAUCUCUUUUGGUUGUUUAUUCUAUAAUUAUAAUGGAUACAAUUAUAUUAUUAAUAAUAAGAUUUCAUACUAAAAUAAAAUUGUUUGAGUUAUAACUAUAUUUAUAUAAAUAUGCAAAUCGAAAAUUAAAUUAAUAGAAAUCAAUAAGUCGCCAUGUUGCUUAUUUUGUGUUUUAGAAAUUGCAGCUUAACUUAAAAACAAAUUAAAUAAACUUAUUUUUUUAUUAAAAAAUACUGAAACAAAAAGAUCUGUUGUGUGGUGACAUUUGUAUUAUGUUCCUUUAAAACUUAUGGGUCUUUUUUUUUGCUAGUUGCCUAGGACUAUCCUAUCUACACUCAACUCUGUAUUUUACUUUUACAGAGGUGACGAAGUGUCAUUUAUUUAAAAUCCAUUCGUUGUAUAUAUAAGCUUACUGGCGGCUGUUGUACAAGUUAUAAUUAUAAAUAUUUUAAAUAAAUAAAAUAGCACGAAAUCUGUUU